CUUUCGACAGUUUGCAUCGAGACGUGAUAGAAGGAGUUUUAUAAAAUAUAUUAGUAACAUUCUUCGACUAUACUUUCACUAAAUCUUAAUCGAAAAUAGCAAAAAAAAAACGAAAUCUUAUAAUUCCAAAGCGAGAAUAUUUUACUUCUUUUUAGCAAUUUUUUAAUUUUUACUUCAUUUUAAGGAUUUUAAGAUUAUAUUUUUCACUAUUCACCUCUUUUUUUCUCUUCAAAAAAAAAAAAAAAAAAAAAUGGAGAAUAUUAUUCGCACAGUUGCUGUAAAAUCGUCACGUGCAUUAGGUGUAAUGAGACAAAAUUUACAGCAGCAACAAAUUUUUUUCGCUCGACAAAUUUCAUCGCAGGAAGUAUUUCAACGUGAGGAUAAAUAUGGAGCACACAAUUAUCAUCCACUACCAGUGGCAUUGUGCCGAGCCGAGGGUGUUUUCAUGUGGGAUAUGGAGGGGAAGAGAUAUUUCGAUUUUCUCAGUGCAUACUCAGCCGUUAAUCAGGGACAUUGUCAUCCGAGAAUUUAUAAAGUACUCGUUGAGCAGGCAAAAACAUUGACAUUAACCUCAAGGGCAUUUUAUUCCAAUGUUCUCGGCGAAUUCGAGGAAUAUGUCACUAAACUCUUUGGAUACGAAAAAUGGCUGCCAAUGAAUACUGGAGUCGAGGGUGGCGAGACUGCCUGUAAAUUGUCACGUAAAUGGGGAUACACAAAGAAAGGAAUACCGGAAAAUCAGGCGAAGAUAAUUUUUGCCGAGGGCAAUUUUUGGGGGAGAACAUUGAGUGCCGUCUCGUCGAGUACAGAUCCAUCGAGUUACAGCGGAUUUGGACCAUUUAUGCCAGGAUUUGACAUAAUACCAUACGACGAUUUAAUUGCUUUGGAAAAAGUCCUGCAGGAUCCAAAUGUUUGCGCCUUUAUGGUUGAGCCAAUUCAAGGCGAGGCUGGAGUCGUUGUACCGCAAGACGGUUACUUGAGGAAAGUACGUGAACUAUGCACGAAAUAUAAUGUCCUGUGGAUUGCCGAUGAGGUUCAGACUGGUCUAUGCAGAACCGGAAAACGUCUAGCAGUUGAUCAUGAGUCAGUGAAACCGGAUAUUCUAAUUCUUGGUAAAGCAUUGUCCGGUGGUUUUUAUCCAGUUUCCGGUGUACUGGCCAAUGACAGUGUAAUGCUGUGUAUACGUCCCGGUGAACAUGGUUCAACUUAUGGUGGUAAUCCAUUGGGUUGUAAAAUUGCACUCGAGGCACUUAAAGUUCUUGAGGAGGAGAAACUUGCGGCUAAUGCUGAGAAAUGUGGUAAAUUAUUGCGUGACGAAUUAAAUAAAUUACCGAAGGAUAUUGUUCCAAUUGUUCGCGGUAAGGGACUUCUUAAUGCAAUUGUUAUUAAUGAAAAGUAUGAUGCGUGGAAAAUUUGUUUGAAAUUAAAGGAAAAUGGAUUAUUGGCGAAGCCAACGCAUAAUCAUAUUAUUCGUUUAGCGCCGCCAUUGGUUAUUAAUGAAUCGCAAAUUAAUGAGUGUGCGGAGAUUAUUAAAAAAGUUAUUUUGAAUAAUGCGGAAUAGUUUUUCUAUUCUUUUUUUUUUGUUAAAUUUUUUUAUCUUCUAAUUUUCUAUUAAGGUUGAAAAUUUAUUUUAUGUCUAUUUGCAAUUUAUAUUAAUAUAUUUGAUUGAAAAAAAAUAUAUUUGUUCUUGUUUUAUUUACGUUGAGGAAGAGGGAGUUUAUGUUUAGAGCUGAUUGUCAGUGGAUGCGUGCGUGGUUACGUGGUUAUGUUGCCGGAUUGGGAGCGUUAGGGUCGUGGGUUCACUUCUCGGCGUUUGGGGAUUUUUUUCUCUCUUAGAUAUUAAUCUCUAUAUAAAAUAAUAAAUAAAAAAAUUAUUAUUGAUAAAUAA